AACGCCCAACAGAGGGGCGCUAUUUUGCACUACUUGUGCCACGAUGAUGCUUUCUAUCUUUCCAAACAAGAAUGACAGGCCUCGGAGUUCUCUUACUGCGAAAACGUUCAACAUAUGCAGGGCCUAGACCGAGCUCCUGAAAGGCGAUCUCACAAUUGCGCACAGCCAAAAGACGCGGUUGCAUGUGGCCAUAGCUCCUCAUUGGCUGCUCUGGGAGGCAGGCGCGUUGGGGAUCUUGUUUGCCCAAGCUCCAUACGUGCAGCACUACGUCACUCCCACGCACACAAUCUAGCCGCCAUUGUCUGUUCCCUCCCCUCAUAAACUCGCAGCUCACCACUACCCUCUGACCCUCACCCUUCUACCGAGUUUGCCUACCCUUCAAACCCUCGUCUUUGCUUCAUUAAUCGAUAUCAAGCACAUCCUCACAUCGGCAGCCACAUAUCAUGAGGUUCUCCCUUACAUCCACCUUCGUGGUGUCCCUUGCUGCCUCGGCAACGGCCAACAGCUGGUUUGGAAGCGCCGUCUACGACAAGUGGCACGAGACCGAGCUUGAGCGCUGGCUCAGCGACAACGGCAUUCCCCACCCCAGCCCCUCUGACCGCAAGAACCUCCAGUCGACUGUCAAGGCCAACUGGAACGACAAGGUUGUCACUCCCUACACAAGCUGGGAUGCGCAGACCCUUCAGAACUACCUGACCCUCAAGGGCCAGCAGGCGAAGAAGGGCACCGAGAAGGACGCCAAGAGCCUCGCUGAGCAGGUCAAGGUGUACUGGACCGAGACCGAGGACUCCGCGAACCAGGCCUAUGGUAGUGUCAAGGACUGGAUCUUCGACUCUUGGUCGGACUCUCAGCUCAAGGCUUUCGCCGAUAAGCACGGCAUUCCCGUUCCCCAGCCCCGCCAGCGUGACUCUCUCCUCGCUGCCGUCCGUGACAACUACCAGUCUGUAGCCGAGAAGGCCAAGGAGACUGCCAACUACCCCGGUGACUGGCUCUACGCUUCCUGGUCUGACUCUGACCUCAAAUCUUGGUUCGAUGAGCGCGGCUACAACGUCCCCCAGCCCAACACCCGCGACUCGAUGAUCGCUGCUCUCCGCCGCCAGUCUCGUCUUGCCAGCCAGCAGUCCCAGGGCGCCUACGCUUCCGUCUCUUCCGCUGCUGCCAACGCUCAGCAGAGCCUCAGCGACGCUCUUCUCGACUCCUGGUCUGACAGCCAGAUCAAGGAGUGGGCUGACAAGAACGGUAUCAAGGUUCCCCAGGGCUCCAAGCGCAACGAGCUCAUGGCUCUCGCCCGCAAGCACCGUGCCCGUCUUUACGGUGACAGCGCCUCUGCCUCUGCCGGCUCCGUCUCUGCCUCUGGUGCUUCCGCUUACGGUGCCGCUACCUCCAACGUCGGUCAACAGUACGCUGCUGCCACUGGUGGCUUUGCCUACUACACCGACUUGGUCAAGCAGCAGAUCGGUCUCGCUCAGGCCAGCGUUACCUCUGCUACUGACGCUGCUGGAUCCAGCGCCAGCUCUGCUUCCGUCCGCGCCGCUUCCAGCGCCAGCUCCCUUAGCGGUGCUGCUGCCAAGGCCGCGUCCUCAUCCUCUUCCUCCAUCUCCAAGUCUGCUGCCAGCGCUAACGCCGCUGCCUCCUCCUCCGCUUCCAGCGCCUCGUCGGUUGCCUCCAAGUCUGCUCAGAGCGGAUACGAUGCUGCCGCCGCUAGCGCCAGCUCUGCUAAGCAGGAGUUGUAAGCAUCUCACAACAUUCCGAUAAGCAGCGUUCAGUCAUAUCUUCUCUCGAUAUGACUGCCAUACGCAUCACUUCACGACCUUACGAUCUGCGUACGGAUAGGCGGAAAAUGGAAACCUGUAACAUUAGCAUCACGACGAUAUCCCCUCUGCGACCUCCUGGUAGGCUUGAGGAGGGUCUUGUAGUUUUUCUUAUUCCUUCGGAAUUGGGAUGGAUGGAUGGCGUCUCACGUAGCUUAGUAUGCGCUUGAUAAUAAAAAGUAUAAUUGCAA